UGUCAUACCAAUUAAUAUUUCGUUUUCUACCAAUGCCUUUGGUUGAUUUAUUCAAUCUCCAUUGGUGUUUUGGCUGCAGGUUCAAGAUUUGUAAGUGUUCUGUCUGCUGAGUUUAUCGGAGGGAGCUGUGCUGUGUGACUGUUGCUCUUGCUAAUAAUAUCAUUAGACAAUGAUUAUUGCUUAUUCUUCGAAUCGAUCAAAGGCCUGAACUGUUCGUAUAUGCUCCUCCUCUUCCCCGAGACACAACUCUCGAUUUGAUACCAACCUUGACUAUUAAGAAGUAUAUAUUAUAUAUAUGGCCAUUGUUGUAUUGUUGAGCUGCUUGAGCACUACACAAUGGGAAAGCGUGUUCCAACUCCACACUGCUAGUUCCCUCCAGUACCAUUAUGACUUCAUCAUCCCAUUUCAAAGGUCUCAUCUUUGCUUCUUCUUUCUUUGAUUAAAAAGAAAAACGAGGAAACUUUCAGACCCAGAGAGGUCUCACCUGAAUUUUCUUUGAAACAGAAACAACUGUAAUUUAUGGGAGACAGUGGAGCUCAAGAAUCGCUAUUUAAAUUUUUAUCCAAGAAAAAAAAAACUUCAGAUAAGAGAUAUCCGAGCGAACGCCCUCGUCACCUAUCUCUCUCACUCUCACUUCAGUCGCCAUAACCACCAAGCUUUGUGGUUAACCUCUUCUGGGCAAUUUGACAAACACUAACGGGGCAUGGAAGAGAAUUUUGUUUAGUGUCUGGAAAUUGCUAUUUUUUGCUGAUUUUGUUUUGUUCGAUUGGCAUUGCUCUUCAAGUAUGUAUUAUAAUAGUGGUAGUUUCAGUUAUACUUGUGCUGCUUUUACAGAGAGUGUAAUAGUAAUAGCUACUUCUUCUAGUCAUUAUCAUAGUGUGUCAUUUAAAGGAAGAAGCUUUGGAAAUAAUGUAAAGGUUUCCUCGUACGGGCCCUUGAGAAAACAAAUGGGUCUAUGUGGGUUUGUUAUGAAAAUCCCAAAGGAAGGAGUGGAACUGAGUCUAACCAAGGAGAGGAAGAAGAAGAAAGUUUUGAAAUCUUCACAAGAGUUUAUAAGGGCUCUUAAGUCUACCAAGGACCCAUAUUCUGCAUUUUAUUAUUUCAAGGUUGUUGCUGAGCAAAGUGCCCCCUCCACUUCUAAUGUUGUUCUCACCACUAAAACUUGCAAUUACAUGCUUGAAGUUUUGAUGACUCAUAAGAGGGUGGAGGAUAUGGCUGCUGUUUUUGAUUUAAUGCAGAAGAAAAAGGUUAAACGAAGUUUGAACACUUAUCUAGCUAUUUUUGAUGGUCUUUACAUAAGGGGUGGAAUUCGACAAGCACCAAUUGCGCUUGAGAAGAUGAGAAAUGCUGGGUUCGUUUUAAAUGCGUCUUCAUUUAAUGGGCUGAUUUGUUUUCUUCUCCAGUCAGGGUUUUGUGGGGAGGCUUUGGAGGUUUACAACAGAAUGGUUAUGGAAGGGAUGAAGCCUGGCUUGAAGGUGUAUUCAGCACUGAUGGUGGCAUUUGGAAAGCAAAAGGAUACUCAAACUGUAAUGAGUUUGUUAAAAGAGAUGGAACGUUUGGGAUUGAGGCCUGAUAUUUAUACAUUUACCAUAUGCAUUAGGGUUCUUGGAAUGGCAGGGAAAAUUGAUGAGGCCUAUGAUGUAUUGAAGAGAAUGGACAAAGAGGGAUGCAAGCCAGAUGUUGUUACUUAUAAUGUUCUCAUUGAUGCUCUCUGUAAUGCAGGUAAAAUUGAUAAUGCAAAGGCAUUGUUUGUAGAUAUGAAAGCUAGCAGGCACAAACCUGAUCGUGUUACUUAUAUCACUUUGUUGGGCAAGUUAAGUGAUUGUGGAGAGGUAGAUUCUAUGAAAGAAAUUUGGGAUGAAAUGGAAGCUGAUGGUUUUGCUCCUGAUGUAGUUACAUUCACCAUUCUUAUUAAUGCUCUCUGCAAAGCAGGCAAUGUUGGCAAGGCGUUUGAUACUUUGGAUGUGAUGAAAGAGAAAGGGAUCUCACCAAAUCUUCGUACUUACAACACCUUGAUUAGGGGACUAUUAAAGGAAAGUAGUUGUGUCCCUGAUAUUUUCACAUACAACUUGUUACUUGGUGAGCAUGGGAAGUCGGGGAAAAUCAUUGGUGAGCAUGGGAAGUCAGAUAAAAUCACUAAACUAUUGGGAAUAUAUGAAGAGAUGUGUAGUAGGGGAUGCAAGCCUGACACAAUCACAUAUAACAUACUCAUUUCCAGUUUAGUGAAAUUUAGUUGUGUUGAUAAGGCUAUUGAUUUGUACUAUGAUCACGUUGGUCGUGAUUUUGCCCCCUCUCCUCAUACGUAUGGUUCGCUCAUUGAUGGACUUUUUAAGUUAGGAAGACACGAAGAAGCGAUGCUUUUCUUCCAUGAGAUGGCAGAAUAUGGAUGCAAAGCUAAUCGUGCGAUUUUUAAUAUUCUUAUAAAUGGGUUUGGAAAAGCAGGAGACGUGGAAACUGCCUGUCAUUUGUUCAGAAGAAUGGUUAAAGAUGGAAUAAGGCCAGACCUUAAGACUUACACCAUUCUUGUGGAUUCUCUCCGUCUUUUAGGAAAAGUUGAUGAUGCUCUGUGUUACUUUGAGGAACUAAAGCAGAGUGGUCUUAGUCUUAAUAUAGUUUGUUAUAAACUUUUGAUUAAUGCACCUGGAAGAUCACUGAGGGUAGAAGAAGCUUUAUCACUCUACAAUGAAAUGCUGAGCAGAGGAAUUUGUCCUGAUCGUUACACGUACAACUCACUAAUACUCAGUCUUGGGAUUGCGGGAAUGGUGGAGCAAGCAGUUUGUAUGUAUGAAGAACUACAGCUUAAGGGUUUUGAAGCUGAUGUUUUCACCUACAAUGCUCUCAUUCGAGCCUACAUCACGUCAGGGAAUAUAGAUCAUGCUUUUGCAGUGUACAAGAAAAUGAUAGUUGUUGGCUGCGACCUGAAUGUGGGAACGUUUGUACAACUCUCUAAUCAAACUCCCAGUAUUUUUUCAUAAGACCACCUUAGAAAAGUUUUUUCCCUUGAGGUGUCCUUUCGUUGCUCGCAUAACUGAUGCAGAGGUAAAUGAGCUUUUUGGUGGAUAAACUACAGCCCAAUUUAUGCAGAGUCUAUGGAGAGAUCCAAGACUUGGAAGUCUUCUGUCUGCUGAGUUUAUCUGAGAGAGUUGUGGCUAUGUCAUUGGACAAUGACUAUUUCUCAAGACAUGGUGGCUGGUAAGCUAAACACUAAUUUUUCUUUGCACAGCCCAUUGCCUGAUAUGCAUAUAUCAUUGGACAAUGACUAUUUCUUGUGUUUUCUGCUGCCAUUUUGAUGGUGGUUGGCGAGUAGACACGGUUUGCCCAUUGCUGUACAGUUGAGAAUCUAUUUGCCCAUUGAUGGUUUUGUUUUUAUACUUUUUCCUUUUGGCUAUGGCCAUUAUUUGUGGCUAUAUUUUCUUAAUUAAGCCAUUGUUGUUAUUGUUGUUUUGAACAUUAUACAGAAUGAAAAUAAAUGAUUGCUAAACAAGCUUUUACUUGUUAUGAGAUCUCUUUCUCUAUUAUUGUACUGCAAAGAUGCAUCCCUUGCAGGAAGUGGAAAAAAGAAUAGUGGAUGCAAUUGUUGUUAUUAUGUGGAGAAAUGUGCUGUGCACGACUGUAUUAUAUAUUAUAUUAUAUUAUGUGGAUAAUAUUAAAGUGAGUUUGAUUGACCUAUUUAUUUAUUGGGUGCCCAUCAUCACAUAUGAAAUUGGAGUUGAAACAGAGGCGGCGGGGCUUAGUUUUGACCAUUUAUGGCUUCAUCAUCCCAUUUCCAAGGUCUCUUCUCAUCUUUGCUUCUUCUUUUUUCUUUUAAUUAUACAUGUAUUUAUAAAAAUAAAAGAACGAAACUUUGAGACCCAGGAGGUCUAAUCUGAGUUUUCUCUCUCGAUUAAUUCUCUCUCUCUCUCUCUCUGGAAAAGAAAUUGCUAUAGUUCUUAUGGGAGUCAGUGGAGCCGGAAAAUCGUAAGCCUCGUUCUAAACUUUCUCACUUCUUGUUCUUAACCAAAUAAAAAAAGUUCAGAAAUUACUGAAUUUCUCACAUCUUUAGCUUUGUUUAUGCGCAUUUAUCAUAAUUUUUAAGAAAUACGUCUUUGUAAUUAUUGUUGAGUUAGCUAGAUUAUGUCUUUAAUUUAUAUAUAUAUAUAUAUAUAAAAUAGAAAAAUUGUUGGGUACCCUUUAUAUACAGGGGACGACAAACACCGGUACCCUUUAUAAUGUUUGUUGUUUUUCUUACCAUGAUUUUUAAUAGCUUCCAAGAUUUUAUGUUUCCACCAAUAACAUAGAACACAAAAACACCACUUCAGUAGCCACAUAAUGUAAUUAUUCUCUAGCUAUGUGCUCACUCUAAUGUGAAUUAGUUUGGUUUAGUUCGUGCUCAGUGACAGUCUUUAGCCAAAGUGAGUGUGAUCACUUAAAUCUUGUAUUUUGAUCAUAGAUGAGAAAUCAGAGUUAGAAGAAUACAAAAGAAGAUGAAUUUGAUGCAAAUACAGGUUGUGGUUUAUAUAUUGCUUGAUUUCUAGUUUAUUAAUUGGUAAAUAUUUGCAAGCUUCAAGCUUUGGAAGCAACAAAUGUGUAUGAGGUGAUUUUCUUUAUUUUUAUUAUGCACAUGCACACACUGUAUUAGUGAAUCCACUAUAGGCACAGUUUUUAGCUUGAAUCCGAAUGUGGUGUUCAUUUUAUCUUCAUUUCUGUCUGUGUCGAUGUAUAUAUCUCUGAUAUGUAACUUCUAAUGCAUCCUUUUCAUUUUGAAGUUUCUUCGCUUGAGGCACCCUGUUGUUGCUCUUGUGCCAAAUAUAUACUCUUUUACUUAUUCUUCUUUUUUUUUUUUUUUUUUGAAAGUCAUAAUGGAGUUUAAAUGACUCGACACAACACUAUGGUAAAGAGUAUUUUAAGUUCAAAUGUCUUCCUAGACAAAUUUUUUUUUUAAAUAUAAGACAAUAUAUAAAUUUACACAAAUGAAAUUUUCCCAAGGCUAAAGCCCACCCACCUAUUUCUCUGUGCCAUAGUUCUCAGCGGUGGAAAAUGGUAAGCCUCUCUCUCUCUCUCUCUCUCUCACUUAAUUCGAGUCGUCCCUCUGUGGUACACCUCCACUGUAAGUGCUGCCCCUUUUUGCUAUACAGAUGCAUAUGUAUAUUUUAGCAUCUCAGAAGCAUUUUGACAAACAUUAACGGGGCAUGGGGAGACUUUUCUUUAGUGUCUGGAAAUUGCUAUUUUGCUGAUUUGGUUUCGUUUGGUUCGAUUGGUAGUAGUGCUCUGUUUAGAGUUUGAUCUUCUUCGACUAUGUAUUGUUGUUAGUACUUUCAGUUACACUUGUGCUGCUUUUACAGACACUGUACUUGUAAUAGCUAGCUACUUCUUCGAGUCAUUAUCAUUGAAAGGAAGAAGCUUUGAAAAUAAUUUAAAGAGCGAGCUUCAAGCUUUGGAAGCAACAAAUGUGUAUGCCAUUCUAGAAAGUGAACCGUUGAUUGAUGAGGUGAUUUUAUUUAUUUUUAUUAUGCACAUGCACGUGAGUUUCAGACCCUUUGAGAAUUCACCUUAGAGCUUAUUAUUAUAUAUACUAAUUAAUUAAGCAUAUGAAUUUAUACUAGCAAGAUACAGUUGCAGGUAUUUGCAAUGGCAAUGAGUAUUGUAGGAAUGACUUUUCCUUUCAGAGAGUAUAAUAAAGGCACGUAGAUGCCACUCUUGAUACCAUUCAAACAUUGUUAUAUUAAUUAUUAAGAUGAAUUCCUUAGGCUUAGAGAAGAAAUAAUUGUAAGGUACAUCUUCAAGUUCUUAA